UGGGUGGCGCGGAAAACGGGUGGGGCGUCGUUCAGUGCGCGCGCGUUGCGUCCGCCGGUGCACGCGUGCAGUAACGCUGCGCUUUGGUGACUAGUUAUUUGUACGGAGUGUGAGGACGAUGGCGGACUGGUCACUCAUGGAGCACAAGUGGCCGCAAAACCAGUACGAUCCGUACCGGUACGCGUACAACCAGUACUACCAUGAGAAUCCGCCGCCGCAGCAAACCCCGCCUUCGUGUAUGCAGCAGUCCCCGCCUUCGUGUAUGCAGCAGUCCCCACCGUCGUGUAUGCAGCAGUCCCCGCCGUCGUGUAUGCAGCAGUCCCCACCGUCGUGUAUGCAGCAGUCCCCGCCUUCGUUUAUGCAGCAGUCCCCGCCAUCGUGUAUGCAGCAGUCAUACAUGCAGCCUCAGAUGCCAGUGCUAUCGCCCGGCGGGCAUAUUUUCGGUGCUCCAAGCUCACCUUCCCUCGUGUCUUUACUCAACGAGCCUUCAACCUCCUGUGGGCUGUUCCUCAGCCCGCCGCCACCGCCGCUGCCGAAACCGGAUAAUCCCAGAGAGAUUCGAAACAAAGCGGAGAAGCAAAGGAGAGAUAAGCUGAACCAAUCCAUCGGUGAACUGGCUUCUAUGGUACCGCCCGUGGUGGCGUCAAGCCGGAAAAUUGAUAAGACUGGCGUCUUACGGUUGACUGCACAUUAUUUGAGGGCCCAUCAGUACGUGUUUGGUGACUCCAUCACUAAGGAUGACACUCAAUUCAGUGCCAUGUCAACUCGCGCGCUGCUGUCCAUACUCAACGGGUUUCUGCUCACUACCACCUACAGGGGGCUCAUUGUGGUAGUCUCACAAAACGUGCAGCAAUACCUUGGUUACACAGAGUUGGAUCUUUUGGGACAAAACGUGUUCAACUUGAUCCACGAGGGGGAUCGUCAGCUCAUGAAGGAUAUGCUGAUGCCGAAGCCGCAUAUGCUCGGCCCCAACGGCGAGCUGCUUGUGCCAGACGAACCCGAGGGCAAGAACAAGGUCGCCGAAAUGCUGGCCAGUGAGAAAAGGAGAUUCAUCAUAAGAUUCAAGAAGUUGUGCCAGCGCUCGGAACCUUGCCAAUACGCCACCUGCCACAUCGAAGGCAGCCUGAGGAAGUCGGAUCGGGCUUGCCGCGGCUACAACCGCUGCUGUCAGAUGGUGCGACGGGCCCGCGCUCGGGGCGACAACCCUUGCAGCAGCGGCAACGAUGUGGUGUUCGUGGGCAUUGUCCGCUUGGCGGCCGAGACUUUCAUCACGGAGAGUAACAUGGAGGCAUGGCGCAUGGAGUAUAGAACGCGGCACUCCAUCGACGGCCAGAUCAUACAGUGCGAACAACGCAUAUCCCUCGUGACCGGCUACAUGACGCACGAGGUGAACGGCAUCAACGCCAUGAACUUCAUGCAUAAGGACGACGUCCGGUGGGUGGUGAUCGCUUUGCGAGAAAUGUACGAUCAACACCGUUUAGUCGGUGAGUCCUGCUAUCGUUUGUUGACCAAGAAUGGUCAGUUCAUCUAUAUGAGGACCAGGGGUUAUUUGGAAGUGGAUCCUAACACCAGGGCCGUGACCAGCUUCGUUUGUACCAACACUGUCGUCGACGAACAAGAAGGCAAACAUUUGAUCAAAUUGAUGAAAAAGAAAUUCAUGCUCAUGUUGAAUACCGCCGAAGAACCACCACCAGAGGAAGAGGUGAAAGAUCAUAAUGACCAAAACUUAUCAGUGGAAGAUCCCAGACAAUUGGAGAAAGUAAUUCUUCACUUGGUCACAAACUUACCGUCGCCUAAGCCUUCUAACGAAGAACGCGGGGCAUCCCCCGAUUGCGUGCCCUCAGCCGGACACUUAGCCAUCAUACCUCCCAAGAAGGAGAGGAUAGUUAGCGCCAUAAAAAAGAUUUACGGUGUCAUCAAAAAUUUUCCAAAAGACUUGCAGACUGUCCGUAAACUGCGCUUGGGUAAGGCAGACACGACCGAUUCUUCGAACGUAGCUUCCAACGCUCUCAUCACGACAUAUCACGAUUUACCAACAAGCCACUCACCACAGCUUGCUAUAGAUACCACCAAACAUCUGUCCAUAUUUAUACGGAGUACAAAGAAUCCAUGCUCUAAAUUGCCAAAUUUCAGCCACGUUUACCAACGUCAGAAUGCGGACAGUAACGGAUCUUUGGAGUUGAGCUUGACUAAACGUUCUCCACCUUUACUGAUACCAAAUGAGACGAUAACAACGUUAGAAGCCCCGUCGACCAGUUAUUCAGGAACAACUACAAUAAGACUCGGAAAUAACGUCGAUGAGUCAAAUCAUAACGGUCAAGAAAAUUCCAUAAAGUAUCGUGUGUGUGUACUGCCAACAGGUGAGAAUAAGAUUUUAAACGAAGUUCAUAAUGCUUCGGCCAAUAAUAUAACAACAGGAAUAAAACGACCCCGAGAAAUCGUUGAAAAUACAGAAACGGAAGCCGCAUCUAAGAAGAAGAAUGCUUUUGAUAAUGUAACGGAACCAACAGCAGAAAAUGUGUUAGACGAGACACCACUGUUGGAAAAUUUGUUCGAUGAAGAACUUUUCAACUUAUCGUAUUCGCAAAUACACACCACAAUAAGUUCUUUGGCGCAAAAUCUUGAUCCGACUUUCCCUGAGCUGCUGAUAUCCGAGGAUGUCCAGGAUAUACUGCAUAAGAUCGAGGAUGGGGCGACUGAAAAUCAGCCAGAAACUUAGAACAAUAGUACCUAGUUUGAUCAAAAUGCAAUUUUCCUUGCUCAUUGCGUGUCAUAAAACACACAUAUUUAAUGUACAAAAUAGGGUUUAAGGAAUAAAUUUAAAUCAAACGAUAAUAUAAUUUAAUACAAAAUAUUUUAUGCAUGUCAAUUUAAUAAUUUUAAUGACUGUUAUUAAUUAUCUUUCUAUUGCAAAAUUUCAUUUCAUUCUUUACUAAGUGUAUGGUGGUCGAAACUAUUGACUUUGCUACCAAAUUAUUAAACGAAAAUAUUAUAUUUAACAAGUAGGUACUGCAGUUUACAGCAACUGUUUAUCAUUUUGGACCGAAUCUGAACUGCAGUGCGAGAGAGUGCAGUUGAGUGUAAGAAUAAAUACAUUUUUUUCGCGAAAUUCGCCGGUGUGAUUUGAUAUUUAUUUGAAAUUCUUGGUCUAAUUUUAUAUCAUACCGCGUAUUCCGAUGUAAAAAGUCAGUUUGUUCUUUACAGAAUAGCGCAACUGAAUCUGUUAAUAAUUUUGAUCAAAUGUAUGUAUAAAUUAUUAGAAUAUAAAUACCUACCUUAAUAAGGUAAUCAUAUUAUGAAAUGACUAUGUAUACAUAAACUCGUAAACAUAUUUAAAUUAUCAUCAAAAAUAUAGUAUUUGAUCCUCAAAAAAAAACAAUUGGUGUUUUUACGUGAUAAUUUAUAAUUUUUUGAUGAUUAUUUAAAUAUUUUCCUUUCAAUUUAAGUAUUUUCUCAUAAAAAAAUACCAUGUUUUGUAAAUGAUUGGAGCCAAAAAAAGGCGCAUAUUUAGCGACCUAGCAAUUUGACUGUGGAACCUCCAUGGUUUGUGUGUGGAGGUUUCCACAUUAUUUUCCAGCCCCUCUAGCAUGACCACCGACACGGGAUAUGAUAAAGCGAUAUAUCGGCAUUAUUUGUCAGACUACUAUGGAGUUUGACAGUAGUCUGACAGUUAAUGUCGAUAUAUCGCUUUAUCAUAUCCCGUUUCGAUGGUCAUGCUAGAUUGGCUGGAUAGGCCCAACGCAGCACUCUGUGUCAAAAACGUAGCUUUGACCUAGCGUAAGCGUCAGUGCAGCGUUGAGUUUGUUACAAUUCUAUGGCAGCACUCUGACGCAGUCGUCAAAGCAGCUGCGGUGACUAUAGGGCAUUACUGUAGCACAAGCCUAAUCUAGACGGCAACGCAGCAUUGAUUUUUGUGAAGUUUCUGUAGCGUUGGCUUUGUGACAUAACCGUAUAUUUGUCCAACGUAGGCGUCGGGGAAGAUUUGACCUUGUGAUAAUUAAGUAGUGAUGGAGUUAUUCUAGUGCAGGUGUCAACGUAGCUUCCCCUCUGUGACAAUACUGUAGCAUUGAUCUACCGCUGGCGAAAAUUCAGUACGUUUAUUGACGAUUCGACGGCAACGUCAACUCAUAAACUUUACGGCAAAAAGUCAACCGGUGUUGACUUAGUGACAAUACUGUAGCAUUGGAUAAUGUAGGUAGUCAUUAAUGUAGGUUAUUGUUAACUGUACGAAAAAAAAUGUAACAUAAAUCAGUUGUUACGUGACGAAUCAAUAAGAAUUUUCAACAUAACUUUUAACCAUAUUAACAUUAUUAUAUGAUAUGAUUUAUAUAUGAUAUAUUAUAUAUAUACAUACAUUAUGAUAUAAUAUACCUAAUUAAAAUAUAACAACUGAGUUCAAUUGAUGUCGCGUGUGCUAUAUUUGGCAAACCUACAAUAUUUUAAUGGCUUAUUGUUAGAAAAAAGGAACUGUCGAUUUUGCUAGUCUGCUGGACAGAUUUCAUAAUUCAACGCCAUAUCUGUCUCAUGAACGUAAAAUAUUGUGUAGUUUGUACAUAUAUUAUCAGUUUAGGAUAUUUAUUCAUAUUAAAAUAAUUCAUUCGUUACAAAGUACGUAUUGUAAGACUUGGAUUCUCACCAGAAACAUAGGUACUUUUCUCAUAUCAAAAACCUAAUUAGUAUGCCGUUUUUAAUAUUUGUAUGAGUAAUAAGUUCUAUUUAUGUCGUGGUAAGGAAGAAUUGUUAUUUAUCAGUGAACAUCCUUACUAAAAGAACCUUAAUAUUUCAAAUAUUAUCUUAUCAAAUUUUGUAAUUAAAACUUAUAUAUAAAGUAUUAUAAUCAAGGCAAGUAUCAAGAUGGACUUGUUAUAGUGUACCUACUUUAUAGCUUAGUGUGUAUGAUAUUUAUGCCAUAUAUUAAGCCAUAAACUUUACAAAUAGUUUGUAAGAGUUUGUAAGAGCGGUAUCAGAAUGACGUUUAUUUCUGCGCGUAUACAGACGUUUCGGCAUACGCGCGCUAUAUUACGCGCUUCAAAAAACCGGACUCGCUUACACGGGCAAUUUUCGGCGAGUCCGCUCAAACCGGUAGUAGUGUAUCUCGCGACUCGCGCUUAUACGAGCUUAAAAGCGCAUAGAUGCUCGUACGAGUUGCGCUUUGGAAAAAGGUGCGCCUUUACGCGUCUACCACGCCAACAUGCAUUUCCAAAGACGAGCUUAUACGCGCACAUAAAAAACUGGUCGGAAAGUGCCCUAAUAUCAUCGAACUUUUGUUAACUUUAUGAACGUAAAUUUGUCUGCUUACAUCUCCUUAUAACCAGCAAACUAUAAAUUGUAUUUAAAGCCUAAAACUGAGAAAGCAUUCUAGACACUACUAUAAUUUUGAACACUUCAAUUAUGCCUUUAAUAUGAGUUUUUUUUUGUUUUGCAACUAAAUGUGAGCUGACAAGUCAGCAUUCUUUAAAGUAACAAAAGUAUUAAAAUUUUAUAUAUAUUUUUUUUUUUAUUAUUAAGAUAUUAGGAAUAUAAAGUGAAAUUAACUUAAAUCACGUAACUGUUUACGCCAAAGACAGAAGUUGUCUCAAUAUAUCGCUGUUGUUAAGUUGUUUUUGAAGAAUUACAGUGAUAUAUAUAUAUAUAUUAAUAUGUUUAGUUGCCCGUUGUAAUGUUAAAUAAACAAACCAGCCUAGUCACUUAAAAAAAAAUACACGUCUUAUAAACUCGAAUGAUACUAUAAAUUAAAAUUAUAAAUAAAACUAGUUUUUACGGGUUAAUGCACGAAACUUUAUUUAUUUAUUGACGUUUCGCAGCCUUUUCAGGCUGCUUCGUCGGAAUGAUUUUUUAUUUAAGUAAUUUUGUUAAAAAAAACAUCCUGACGAAGCAGCCUGAAAAGGCUGCGAAACGUCAAUAAAUAAAUAAAGCUUCGUGCAUUAACCCUAAAAACUAGUUUUAUUUAAAAUUAUAAAGUUGCACACUUGAUCGCAAACUUUGAUAAUCUAUACAAAGUUAUCCUUUACCGAAAAGUUUUUAAAUCAGUAGUGUUAUUCUGCAAGUACCAACUCACUUUUCACCUCGGAAUCCGCGGUGUGAUUUAAACUUAGAUCACGAAUUUUAAAUUACACCGACGAAUUCCGCUGUGAAAAGUGAGUUUGUCCUUAUCGAAUAGCACAACAGUGAGAAAUUUAACUGAUUAUUUUCCAUUAGCAGAAUGAUAUUUUUAGCGUUAAUCACCAGACACCCAUUAAUUUAUCCAAAACUUUCCAUCUUCUUCAACUGACAUUGACGUUACAUAAUACACAAUCAAUAGAGAAAUGUUGAGUAGGUAUCUAGUAGGCAGCUUGUUGUCUGGCAGAUUUAUUAAUAACGUAGCGAACUGUUUACGCUAAUCAACUAUAAAUCACCUUGUUAAUUGGAAUAAUGUAGUGUUUCUUUGUCUUAUUUUGUAGCACAAUAAUGAAACCUUUAGGUAUGCAACGGUAGAACAAACAAUAAACUAUUUUGUUUUUCCCCUCCCUUGCGUGGGAGAUGGGUGAAAUAUUCCGCAUGGAUACCCCACCGUCGGCUGCAGGGUAAUGUCAGACUCUUAAUGACUAAAAAACACCCGCAGUUGCUGCCUCUGGCCGGGAUUUCCCUUAAGGCUUCAUCGGAUACGAGCAUCCCCUGAGAAGGGGACGAUGCAGCGCUGCCUGAUAAAAAAACUAGUGUAUAUGCGCUUCUUUGAAGAGCGUCUCCCUUCCUUAUUUAAAUUUUGAACUAAUUUUAUACAGGUAGACCUUGCGUACAUUAGCUUCUGGAGUUCCUGUAUAUGGUAUAUGGACUUUUCAAAGCUUAGUACGUUCUUUACACUAGCGGCCACCUGCGACUUCGCCGCGUCAACUUUAGUUUUUGAGAAUCUCUCAGGCACCUCACCUUUUUGGGGGGUAUAAAAAGUAUCCUAUGCCUGAAUUCAGGUCAUAAUGUGAAUAUAAAGUUUCAUCCAAAUCCGGCAUGCAUCCAAAAACUACUGGUUUUUGCGUGAUUGAGUAAAAAAGAGAAACAUAAAAAAAAAUCAUCAAUUUGAUAUUAGUAGGAUAUAUUGUAUUUUAACGACUGAGUGUGCAGCUAUAUGUUAUUACUGUUUAGGGAAUAAAUAAAUGGUAAUGUUUAGGUACUAUCGAGUACUAAGCAAUUCAGCGAUAUUUUUACUAAGACUUUAUUUCACUGUGUCAUUGUAUAUUACACAAUAGUGUCUCAUUACUUUUAUUAUUAUUUUUAUUCAUAAAAGUAAGACUGAGUAAUUUUAACCAUUGGGUUUAUAAUUUAAGUAUUUAGUUAAUAUAAAUGAGCAUUUCGUUGAUGAAGAUUUUUGGCUGUUGAAAUUUUGAGCCAGUUUGCUUAGUACUUAAAAUGUAUCACUUCUAUUUAGGAUAGUAUGGUUGUUUGUAUUUAUUCUGGACUUCCUAAUUAACCAAUGAUCAUACAAGGAAUACGAGAAUUCACAAAAGUAUAUUUUUCCCUUUGAUUUAAUUUUGUAAUAUCAAAAUGAUGAUCAUGAUUACGUACUUAGUUAAAUGUUUCAGGUCAUUCCGUUUCAGACCGUUAACCAUUUCUUGCUUGCUUGAUUUCGGUGCGGUAUCGUUUCGUUUGCGAAAGUGACGGGACUGGCGAGUCCAAAGAUUCGGAAGCACUCGUUAGCACUCGGAACAGAGAGGGAUCUGUACAAAAGCGACUCAGUGGGGAAGCUUUCAGUUAAUUAUAUGCACUCGCUAAAGAACCUGUACUGGUUCGGUACAGAAACGAAAACGAAACGAGCCCGCAGCGACCCGAUGAGAAAGGCGCCUUAUCGUGUUAAUUAUGACAACUUGUAAUACAAAUUUGACUUUAACCCCAAAUAAGUACUUAUAUAAUGGUAAUUAGGAAGUCAAUCAGAAAGUUGUGUUUAAUAGUGCGAAUGUUUUCAUAUGUUUUUUUAAAAAAUCUACACAAAUGGACGGUAUUUUCAGGUACCUACACUCUGGUUUCACAGAACGAAUUUAAGACUUCCAUACGUAAUGUUUUCUUGAGAAUUAUAACGAACAUUGUAAUUGAGUGAAUCUUAAUUGAAAUAUUUUGGAGGUGACUGCCGUUUAAGAAACAUUGAAUACCGUUCCAGAAAAAAAACUUUUUAAUACUUAUGCGUAGAGAUUUUUUGACUGAUUUACAUUCAUUGUAACGAUUUAGUGAUUAGAAAAGUCUUAGUGAAUUAGGUAACUGUGUAAUGUUUGUUUGUGUGGAUGUUAUGACAAAUAUAGAAGUAAAUAUGAAAGCUCUGUCCUAUCCACAGGCUUAAUGACAUGAUUUCCUUUUUAAUUAAUCAUGAAAAUUUAUAAUUUCUAAAUUUGCUUAUUAAAAUUCUGUAUCAUCAAAACAAUAUAAUCAUGUCAAAUUUUUGAUAAAAAUACAUAUUUUAAAAUGUAGACUCAGCUAAAGACAUAAGUUCCAUAUACCAAAAAAAAAUCAUUGUUUUGUUAACUCAAAAAUAACGAUGAGUUACAGGUGUGUAUAAAAUUGAAAAUUACUUUCUAUACCUACUUACUGUUGACCAAAGACCUACCACAAGCGAUUAUAGCAACAUUGUUUUACAACAACAACAACACAACAGAAGUGAUAACUUAAACUAAUCUAAGCGGCACUGCGGGUAAGAGAGAGAUAGGGGGAGCCUACCUACCGCUGCCGUAUGCGAGAGAGGAAGGGAAGCCAGACAGACUGGCGCCAUAACGCGUUACGUAACAAAGCGAUAAUUUCUUGUGGGAGGGUAAACUCCCACAAGAAAUUAUCACUUCAAUAAAAAGAUCCGUAAUGAGUCGAAACAAAGUAGCCUGCUUAUUCAUUGUAAUAAAUUGGGAGUAAGAAUAAAAACAAAGAUGUUAAAGCGCAUACGGUAAGGUCCCAAAAUGUCGAUAUGUCUUCUUUUUAGUACAUACCUAUUUCACAUAUUUUUUUUGUAAAAAUUUUUUCACAAGACGAUUUCUUUUACCAAUGCGUGUAAUGUUAAAGCGCCUAUGGUCAGGUCCCAAAAAUGUCGAUAUGUCUCGUUUUUAGUAAAUACCUGUUUCACAUAAUUUUUUUGUAAGUAUUUUUUCACUAGACGAUUUCUAUUAUCAAUGCGUGUAAUCAAUAUUUUGGUGACGAUGCUAUGAGUAAACAAAACUACAACAAAGAUCAAAAUAACAAUACUUAUUUUAGACCUGUAAACAUAUUCAUAUUCCAUUAUGCUUUACAACCUGUAUAUUAUUAUUAUAUUGGAUAAUUUGCUUAUAUUGUGACAAAUAAUACAGAAAAUUACUGAAGCUCAAGAAAUUUUACUUUAGAAUUUAUAUGCCUUCUGAUAAAGUAGCAGCUGAUUGUUUGAUGUUGAUUUUCUCAUGCUUACUUACAUAUAUACUUUCAAACAAAGAUUGAAUUUAGCAAUCAAUUUAGCGUUUCAAUAGAAUUUCUGUAAAUAGCAUUAUUUUAAAGCUUCUUACUUAUUAAUGUGAACCAAUCUAUAAUAUUCAGUCUAUCCUCAUAAAAAUCUUUAAUCCUCUCAGAUUAAAAUAUAAUACACACCUAACUACUAACCUCAAUCACAAUGAGCAAAUAAUUAUGUAAAUGUAUUUACAACGAUGACUUACAAUCAAUAGCCAUACCCUUGGCUCGAACCAAUAUAGAAUUCGAAUAGUUUGCGAGUCCAUAAUGUCACUGUCAAAAGUGUACUGAUUUUUAGUACUCGUUAUGUCCGCUGUGGCGCUGCUGUUCAAGAUUCCAUACAAAAUUUGACAAUGACAUUUCGGACUCGCAAACUAUUCGAAUACGAUAUUGGUUCCUGCUAGGGGUACCGAAUUGGCAAUUGGAAUUGUAAUUUUUCUAUUGUUUCCUAAUUUUUGUUUAAAUUAUACUCAACAUUUAUAAAGACGAUGGAUAAAUGUUUUUAUACGGUAAGAGCUUACAUAAACGUAUUAAGUACGUAAUAAAAUAGUAAAUGUGUAUCA